AUGGCCAGCCCGCACGCCUUCGUUACCCUUAUUUCUUCCGACGCCUAUCUCCCAGGCGCACUCACACAGGUCGCUGCCCUCAAUGACCUGCACGACAAACGAGACUAUCAGACUGUCUGUCUCGUCACCCCAGAGUCGGUCGAUGUCGCAACCAUCAAGGCCCUGCGUAAGGCAUUUGACGUGGUAGUGGGCGUCGAGAUCCUCGAGGACUCGAACGAAAGGGGUCUAAAACUCCUAGGUCGUCCAGAUCUUACCACUGUCCUUACGAAACUACACGUCUUCCGCCUAACGCAGUUUUCCAAGAUUAUAUUCCUGGAUGCUGACGUUCUCCCUCUACGGCCUCUAUCGCAUCUUUUUGACCUUCCCCACGAAUUUUCGGCAGUACCAGACGUGGGUUGGCCAGACAUCUUCAAUUCAGGCGUCUUGGUUCUGUCUCCCGGAGAGGACAAAUUUAAUGAACUUUGCCAACUCUUGAAGUCAAAGGGCUCUUGGGAUGGCGGUGAUCAAGGCCUUCUUAACGAAUGGCGCGGUGGGGACUGGCACAGGCUGAGCUUUACCUACAACACAACUCCGACUGCUGCAUAUACCUAUGCCCCAGCGUAUGAACGAUAUGGCUCUUCCAUCUCUGCUCUUCACUUUAUUGGGAAGAAUAAACCUUGGAACUCCAUCGCCUACCGCACCCCUUUCACGACAAGGGCAUCGACGUCCAAAGACUCGGAACAGGCCUACGACUACGAAUCGCUUGUCGAUCGCUGGUAUGCGGUGUACGACAAGCAUUAUCGCUCACAGCCGGCAUCCCAGCCUCCAAGAUUCGAGUUCAAACGAUAUACGUCCGCUUGGGACGAACCUACUCCUUCCCCCGUCUCCCAGCCCAAAGCGACCGAGACUGGUGUUUUCGGUCUGGACAAACUCAGGCAAAUGGCUGUCGAUGGCGUUGCAGCAGCGGUGGGCUCUGACAGACGUCCCCAUGGCGAGGGUAUCUACUACAGCCUUCCUCUCGAGGGUCGAGUAGACCUUAUGCGCCCGCGCAAGCCUGAACCAGAGACAGCCGAAGUUGACGGUGCUUCCACUGAAGGGCCAACCACCCUCCCUGGUGAUCCUCAGCGACCACCUAACUUGGAUUUUGAACUUGAAGAUGUACUUCCCUCUACGCCCCAGUUUCGAACCUCCGCUCUGUAUGGGGAGGACGAAGCGGGGAUCUACCGGUGGCAAUCGCACCCUCCAACUCACCCCGACGAUGCUUCCCCCAGUCCUCACUUUGAUGCAGUUGCAUUGCCACCUAGUCUCACACAGCGCGGCUUUGAACCUGUGAAAUCAGAUUUCUACGCCAGCGAAAGUGAGCAAGAGGAAGUACAGGCAAGGAAGCAGGCGGCUCAUGACCAUUCUCAUUCAACUCCCUCUCGCCCUGGUUCAAGACCUACCUCGCGAAGGCCUUCCCAAAGCCACGGCCGGCCCCUGUCGAUCACUCAACCCUCUUCCCAAGGAGCCCCGCCGGGUCAGAACCGACGGACCCAUCCCAACCAACUGAACGAUCAUCCCCAUCGCCAUGAACACAAAGACCACGUCCACCAUCACCUUCAUUCACAUUCUCAAGCAGCCCCUCGGCGUCCUUUGUCACCCCCGCUCCUUGCUUGGAACCCAGCUUUGGAACCACCACCUAAAGAUCCACCUGUCCCUUCUGCUUUUCCAUCGGACACUUAUUUCCCCAAUCUGUGGGACCAGCCUCAACAGCUCAAGCUCCAGGAUCCGUCAGGACCUUCUCCUCCGACAUCAAUCAACUUCUUCCAGCCUCUUCCCCCUCCCGAAAUACCCGAGACAUUGAUCAAGCAGGGCCAUUAUAGGAACGUGACAGGAGAGGAUUCGCUAACUCCAAGCCCAGACCGAACUAAAGUUAAAUCGGUGUUUCCUUGGGAAGAACGACCUCGCGUUUUGCCCAAUCGUGUCUUUCCAGACACCGACACUCCACCACCCGCUCUCUUCCUCAACCCCAGCAGCCCUAGUCAAACCUCCACCGCCGCCCCCAGCACGCCGGAGCAGUCAAAAUCCACUCCCCUGGGAAGGGUACAGCCGCUGUCUCCUCUCAUUGGAUUCCCUCCCACUUUAACGUAUUCGAAUGCAUGGGACACCGUCCCCAGCAUCCAGAAGUACGCCUCGAAACUUGUUCGACCCCUGCUGCCACCCCCGCCCCUCGCCCCGGCGUUCGAUGAUGAGAGAUGGCGCAAGCCUCGUCGAAAGAGUUGGGAUGAACGUGUAGAAGCCAGUAGCCGAGAUGGGGAUGACGAAGAUAAUGCCGACGAUGAAGACGAGGAUGACGACUUUGCGGUAGACACGAAGUGGGAUGACAGCGACGACGACUCCAAGAGAUCCCGCCAUGUAUCUCGACGAAGGUCACUUGUUCAACCGAUGUCCAAGAGUAGCAAAGAUUACCGUGAUCAAGCUGUUCAAACCGUAGUGUCCUCUUUGCGAAGCCAAGGCAUACAGACCGAGAAGACAGUCAAGAAGGCUUCCUCCACCAAACGCCAUUCCAUUGCCGCUUCCAGUCCCAGCUUCUUAGUCCCUCCUUCGACUCGGGAUGCUGCUGCCUCCACUGCGAUUGAUAAUCCAACAUCCAUCACCGCUCCGAUAGCUCAGCGGCCACCGCUUUCUGGCCGUCCCUCGAAGAUCAAAAGCGGAAAUCCAUCUCCAGUGGUGUCUCCGCGGGUAAGGUCUCCCAUGAGAUCACCCGUACGUGAGUUUAUCGUUCCAGCUGCGCCCCAGUCUUCUGCCGGACAUCCGUCGCGUCCUCCGAUGCCCAGAGUGUCCACCCAAACCCCUCCCAUUGGUGGCUCCAAUGAGCAGAACGGGCACUGGUCGCCCAGUGUUUCCCGCCAGAUGUCAAAUGAUUCUUCUAUCACAUCUCCUGCAUCGUCAUCCGCCAGCGGCUUCCCUGACUACCAGAUUGUGGGUGAUAAGCCCGUUCGAGUUGGAGGAAGGGUGUUCGACCCCGCGAGGGGGGUUGAAAUCUUCAAACGUGGCUCCGAAGAAGUGUUGGCACGUUUCCUGAAGAUGGGAAACUGGGAAAGUGAAGCUGCUCGCUGA